GUCAACGCGACUGUGAGCUCAUCACAGGCGACGUUGUGUUUUGAAAAGUUGCCGGAGCGUUCCUGCAACCUUCUGACAGCGCCGCCCGUCUUCUCCAUCCAUAUUUAUGGAUUUGUUCAAACUGACAGGCGGUAUUUAGGAUGCCGAAAGCGCCGAAAAAAUCACGUGGCUCUCAGGCGUCAAUUAGCAGGUACUUCGGAGCCUUGAGCGGCGGCGCGACUAAAACACCGACGGAUUGUAAUCCCCACAAAGUCAAGAAGCAGAAAUGUUCCUCCCGACAUCCCGUCACUGAGCGACCUUCCAAACAAGCCAAGCUCUCCCUGCAAGCGGAUGAUGAAGGCUUUGACACCGCAUCCACAGACAGGCCUGCAGAGCAAAAGUUGCAAUUGAGCAGAGGACCAGUGGGCCCGUGUCCAUCUACCUUGGAGAGGCUGAAAGGCUUCAUCUGCACGAAUGAGCCCAGUGGCGAGAGCUCUGAUAUCGUGAACGUUGUCAAGAAGGCGAGCAGCAGUAGCCGUGGAUGCCCGACUGGUGUCAAAAGUCAAUUCGACGAUAAUGGCCAGUUGAAAGAGGAAGAAGAAGAGCGUUCAAAGCAGGAGCCGUUCUGCAUUUCUCCGUUUGCCAGGCCAGCAGGUGGCAAAAGAAGGGCAACGGAGGUCCCAGAGGCCAGCGCCCCCUGCAGACGCACAAAGAGUGCGUACACUCCCUUGGAGCAGCAGGUCGUCCAUCUGAAAGGGCAGCACAAGGACGUCCUGUUGGCUGUGGAGUGCGGAUACAAGUAUAGGUUUUUUGGGGACGACGCGGAGAUUGCAGCGAAGGAGCUGAAUAUAAUCUGUCACCUGGACCACAACUUUAUGACGUGCAGCAUCCCCGCACACCGACUGUUUGUUCACGUCCGGCGCUUGGUGUCCCACGGCCACAAGGUGGGCGUCGUCAAGCAGACGGAGACAUCCGCCAUCAAAGCGUCAGGGGCCACGAAGAAUACUUUGUUUACGCGGCAACUCAGCGCUCUGUACACCAAGUCCACGCUGGUGGGAGAGGACGUCAACCCGCUGCGCAGUCCGGGCGACGCCAAGGAGGGCGGAAGUCACGACGCCGUGUCGGAGCCAACCGACAGCGUCCUGUUGUGUGUCAGCGAGAACUGGGACCGCUUGAAGAAGCAGCUGACUGUGGGGGUGGUGGCAGUUCAGCCCAGCACGGGAGAGGUUCAGCUGGAUUCUUUCCAGGACGGUCCUUCUCGCUCCGAGCUGGAGAGCCGCGUCUUGAAGAUCAACCCUGUGGAGAUCCUGGUGCCCUCUAACCUCUCAGCGGAGACCCAGAAACUGUUGCAGAGCAUCGCGAAUGCCAGCGCGCAGGCCGACGACAAGGUGCGAAUGGAGAAGAGGGACAGCGGCCACUUUGAGUUUGCCUCUGCAAUGAACACAGUCACUGAAUUCUAUUGCCACAAUCAGGUCGGAGGCUGUCGUUCUCUAUUUAGUGUGGCGUCAUUGGAGACGCCCGUCAUCUGCUGUUUGGGUCCUCUCCUCCGGUACCUCCAAGAGUUCAACUUGGAGAGAGUGCUUCGAAGUGAAAGCGCCUUCCAACGUCUGGCCAGUGAGGCACAGGGAAUGAUCCUCGGUGCAGCCACCCUCAGGAACCUGGAAAUCCUCAACAAUCAGACGGAUGGGAGUGUGAGGGGCAGUCUGCUGUGGGUCUUGGACCACACGCGCACUCGGUUCGGUAGGAGGCUCAUGAGGAAGUGGGUGACCCGUCCUCUCACAGACCCCCAUUCCAUCUUGGAACGGUUGGAUGCCGUGCAAGAAGUCCUGGAGUCUGAUUCCGUCACAUUGAACUCGACAAGAUCCCUCCUGGUGCAUUUGCCUGAUCUGGAGAGAGGAAUUUGCAGCAUAUUCAACAAAAAGUCCACCACGCAGGAGUUCUACCUCAUCAUCAGCAGUCUUUGUCGCCUGGCACUGGAACUGCAUGCCCUGCUGCCGGCUAUUCGAGCCCAGAUCCGCUCUGGGCUCAUUCGAGGACUCCUGGUGGACACUCCGGACCUGCUGGCCCCGGCCCACGCCUUCCUCGGCGUGCUUAACGAGAAGGCGGCCAAGUGUGGGAAUAAGACGGAGCUCUUCUCUGAUCUGUCUGCCUUCCCAGUACUGCGGGAGCGAAAAGAGCAAAUCCAGAAAGUUUUACAAGAGAUUCAGGACCACCGUAAAAAUGUCCGAAUUGUCCUGAAAGCCCCCGCCCUCGACUACACCGCUGUGUCGGGACAGGAAUUUCUGAUCGAGGUGAAGAACUCGCAGUCCUCCGUUGUUCCUCGCGAUUGGGUCAAGAUCAGCAGCACCAAAGCGGUGGGCAGGUAUCACUCUCCCUUUCUGGCGGAGCGCUACAAGAAGCUGCUGCGUCUCCGUGAGCAGCUGCUGCUGGACUGCCAGAGGGAGUGGACCACUUUCAUGGAUCAGUUUGGGGAGCACUAUCACGCCAUGAAAAGGGCUAUUAGUCACCUAGCAACCAUGGACUGUCUCUUCUCAUUGGCUGAGGUCGCCAAACAUGGGAACUACUGCAGACCCGAGUUGUGUGACAAUACGCGUGAGAUUGUGAUCAAGGAUGGCAGACAUCCUGCUAUUGACCUGUUAAUGGGCGAGCACAGCCAGUACGUGCCCAAUAAUGCACAACUCCAGGCCGAUGGAAAAAGAACAAUGAUCAUCACCGGCCCCAACAUGGGGGGGAAGAGCUCGUACAUCCGCCAAGUGGCCCUGAUCUGCGUUAUGGCCCAGAUAGGCUCCUACGUGCCCAGCUCUGAGGCCCGGCUGAGCGUUCUGGACGGUAUUUACACCAGAAUGGGAGCAUCGGACAACAUCCACAGAGGCCGCAGCACCUUCAUGGAGGAGUUAACGGAAGCCUCCGAGAUUAUUUCCCACGCGACCCAACGUUCCCUGGUCAUCUUGGACGAGCUGGGCCGGGGCACCAGUACCCACGACGGCAUCGCCAUCGCCUAUGCUACGCUUGAGCACUUCAUCAGAAAUGUGAAGUCUUUCACCCUCUUUGUGACUCAUUACCCGCCCUUGUGUGAUCUGGAGCGGAUGUUUCCGCAACAUGUGUCCAACUACCACAUGUCCUUUCUCCUCAAUGACCCCGAUGUGUCCGCUGAAACACAAGACGGGGAAGUUCGUCCCGAAUUCAUCACCUUCCUCUACCAGUUAAGCGAAGGAGCUGCCGAGCGGAGUUACGGCCUCAACGUGGCCCGCUUGGCCGACGUCCCGGAGUCGGUCCUGCGAACGGCGGCUCUCAAGGCCCGGGAGCUCGAGGACGCGGUGGACUCCCGGAGGAGGAAGAAGGAGAAGUUAUUCUUGGGGCUUUGGAGCAUUUCGGACAAAUCCUCUCUGACCGAGUGGCUGCGAUGCAACUCCUGACACUCGUGUGAUGCAACAAGAAAGCUUUGGACUGGCGAGGUGCUUCCCGCAAACGGACUGCGUUUGUACCCUCGACUUUGAACUUUUCUAGCUACGAAGUUUUCCCCCUUUGAGGUCGAGGUACGAGUCGCUACCUUAAGUCUGCGCUGCAUCAUCAAUUGAGUGAACUUUGGCUCAGGGUGACCAAACGUACAUCGAAUGCUGGCCGUCGACAGAGAGGAUUUCAGGAUGGGGUUCUUGUCACCAUGUUCAGUUCAAAAUCUUUGCCGUAUGGUGAUUUUUUUUUUUUUUUUUGUCAAGAAAAGAAUAAAUGGAGCAAAAGUGUGGUCACAACUUUGGAUGUCUGCCCGCUGGCGUAAACCGUAGCUUACCUCUGUUUGAGUCCCGCAAAGACAUUUAAUAACUCCUUUAUCUUUGUGUUUGGCGCUGAUGAUCGUGGCUGUGAAGUUAUUGUUAUUAUUAUUAUUUCUUUCAAUCCACUUUAACCCAGGGUGGCAAUUUUUUGCCUUAUCGAGAUAAUCCGUGGCUGUUUUUUGCAGACACGAACCGGAACUUUCCGAUUGCCAAAAGUUACCGAGUUUCAAAACGGAGAGCACAAAAGGCAAGAAGAUGUUUUUGCAUAGUACCUGUGAAUUGCUCCAAUUUACUGUGUGGUUGUUAUUCUUUUUCUCCAAUCACACUUCAUAGUUGCGUGAUUGCGCAACACAUUCAUCGCAAUCAAAGGACAGAAUGUGGCUUGAUUGGGACGAGUUGGUGGGCUUCCCCCCCCCCCCCAAAACAAAAAAAAAAAAAAAACCAAUUUGAACUCAGCAUUUCUGAGGGGAGGGCAUUGCAAUAUGAAGUUAUGAUCAUCCCUCCCUUUGCUGUUUUGUUAUCGCUCAACAGAUUGGAUGUCAUCAAAGAACGAGAUGCCGUUGGCCCCUCCGGGAUUGCUGAGCAGU